AGUCUUGUGUGCGUUGUAUCCGGCCAAGGAAAAAAAAAGCACAUCCUAAACCUAUUGUUCCGAUUUUAAUUCGCUCAAAAACUUUUCAAUUUUUCCAAAUCCUAAACCUAUUGCAACAACUUUUUCUGUGCUUCUCAGCUCAUUUUCUUUUUACCUCAACAAAGAGAGCAGGAUAUAAGUUUCCAGAAUUCUCCUAUGGCAGCAUCUGCGAAGAACAGCGUCCUAAAAAUAGAAAGAUCUAUCCCCAUCGUGGUCCUACCAGAACAUGAAACGCCUGAGGGUUCCGUUUUCUUAACAAGCCUCGAUCAAGUGGCUCCUGCAAUUGUGCCGACCAUUUAUUCUUUCGACAGGAGCGACACAAGUGUUGUAGACGUGAUUAAGCAAGCCCUGGCCAGAGUUCUGGUUCCUUACUAUCCAGUUGCAGGGAGAUUAGCUAAAAACUCUCUAGGGAAGUUGGUUGUUGACUGCCAAAAGAAGUUAGGAGUCCCAUUUGUGGAGGCAAUGGCUGAUUGUGACAUCGAAAAUUUGGGUGAUAAGAGACUUCUCGAUUCUGAUGUUUUAGAUAAGCUUGUUUACAGAGAUCCUGUGGAACAUAUACUUGAAGUUGCCCCUCUUCUAACUGCACAGGUGACGAAAUUUAGAUGUGGAGGUUUCACCUUAGGGAUUGCACUUAACCAUUGCAUGGCAGAUGGUGUGUCGGCAAUGAAUUUUAUGAAUGCGUGGGCUGAAAUAGCAAGAGGCAAGCCAUUAUCCCUCGUCCCUUGUCAUGAUAGAACCAUCCUAAAAUCAAGGGUGCCUCCUCAGAUCACCGGUCCUUACAACGAAUUCGUUCACAUAAGUGAUGUAUCAAACAUGACAGCAUUAUAUGUGGAACAACUUGUAUAUAAAUCUUUCCACUUCGAUGCUGAGAAGCUGGUGACCGUGAAAAGAAUGGCAACAAAAGAUGAACAGGUAACAAGCAACUGCAGCAGCUUCGUAGCACUUGCAGCCUUAGUGUGGCGGGCUCGAAGCAUGGCCCUCAAGAUGAAACUUCACCAACAAUUAAAGCUUCUUUUACUGGUUGACUUCAGGUCUAGGCUAAGAGCACCAUUGCCUAAUGGAUACUUUGGGAACGCCGUCGCCAUGCCCUGCUGUCUCUGCACCAUGGGAGAGUUGAUUGAGGAGCCAAUGUCAGCUUCCGCAGGAAGAAUAAAGAAGGCGAUCAAGAGCGUCACUGAUGACUACAUUCGGUCAAGGAUUGACUAUUUGGACAUGAAUCGAUUAGAGGGAUUGCCUGUGGCCACACUAGUAAUAAGUUCAUGGGCGAGGCUCGAGUAUGGCAACACGGACUUUGGGUGGGGAAAGCCGAGGUUCGGAAUCGGUGGCCUACCGAGCUCGAGCUGCAUGUUUAUGUCAGAAGGUAGAGAGAAGGGCAUUGCGGUGAUGCUGGGUCUGCCGCUUUCAGCCAUGGAUACCUUCGAGAAGCUUAUUUGUGAUUUAAAUGAUACUCAGUACACUAAUAUUGGUAUUCAAACCUAGGUUACAAAGUGUGACCAACUGUAGGUGGAUCAUCCUAUUCAACAACUGAAUAAAAUUUGUCACAUCUAUUUUUAAAUCAAUUAAGAGUUUGGUUUUGAAUACCUAGUAUAAUCUGUUGGAAUUCCGAGUAUAUCUUAUGUCUUCUCGUGAUUUUUCAGUUGUCAUUGUCCAAGACCAAUUUAAUAAAAUAUGAUCUUUUCUGCU